AUGGGUGGUGGAACAUCACUAUGGGCUUCCCCCGACUGGAAGAAGGAUCCAAAGGAGAUCUUUAACUCUAAGCUUCUGCUGUUAGGCAUCACAAUAGCCUUUGCGGGAUGUUCAUACGGUUUUGACCAGGGAAAUAUCGGGGGCAUCAUGACGUUUCCAUCCUUCCGGCGUGCCUUUGGGUUUGACACAAUAAGCGAAGAAGAAGCAAACACGAGAGAGGGCAACAUAGCAGCUAUGCUCGCUGCCGGCGGGACUGCCGGUGCUUUGCUAGCAGCGCCUCUGUCCGAUUUCCUUGGUAGGAAGAAGGCCGUCACAUCAAUGGCCGCUCUAUUUCUUGUAGGCUGCUCCAUGCAAGAAGUUCCCAACCUGGAUGUUCUUUACGCUGGAAGACUCCUAGCUGGUGUAGCCAUCGGUGCGACCUCAAUGUUGGCUCCCCAGUACCUGGCAGAAAACUCCCCAAAGUCGAUCAGAGGCUCCCUUACUACAUCGUACAACUUGAUGAUCAUCUUGGCACUUGCGAUUGCCUUUUGGGUCAACUACGCAGUCAGCCUUUGGCCCAAUCAGGACCCCGACAACAACAAGGCUUGGCAGCUGGCUCUUGGCAUUCAGUUGAUUCCAGGCUUCUUCCUCUUCACUCUUAUCUGGUUCGUCGUCGAGACCCCACGAGCCCUCAUUUCGAAAGGGAAACAAGAGCGCGGACUUAGGAACCUGUGCAAGCUGAGAGGCCUGCCUGCCGAACACCCUUACGUACACCAAGAGUAUCUGGAAAUUCUGGCCCAGUCGGAAGCCGAGCAAAGCCAAGCCAAGGGUCAUGGCUAUGUGGUGGUUGUAAAAGACAUCGUCACCAACGCCAGCAAUCGGCGGCGACUUUUCCUUGCCGUCAUGCUGUUCCUGUUCCACAAGCUUACAGGCACUGACUCCCUGAACUACUUUGCGCCCCAAAUCUUCGCCAUGAUUGGAGUACCUAAAGGCUCGAGUUCUCUUUUGACGACUGGCGUCUACGGUGUUGUCAAGCUUGCAACGACCAUAAUCUACGUUACUGUCAUUGUUGACCGUGUUGGACGUCGUCUUCCACUCAUGAUCGGAGCAACCAUUCAGGCUACAGCUAUGCUCUACAUUGGUCUCUUUCUCCGCUUUUCCGAUGUUCAGCCUGGAAGUGGAACGACUCCGGGUGGCAUUGUGGGCAUUAUCAUGAUUUAUCUCUACGCUUUCGGCUGGUCUUUCGGGCACUCAGUAGCACCAUACGUCGUAGCCGCUGAGAUCUUCCCCGCGCGAGUUCGAUCGGUCUGCAUGUCCUGCUGCCUCUUCACAAACUGGAUCGUCAACUACGGUAUCACCUCGGCCACACCACACAUGCUGAGUACCAUGAAGUACGGCACGUUCUUGUUCUUUUCCAUCAUGACGUACAUUGGUGCCAUUUUCGUCUUUUUCUGUCUGCCCGAGCUCAAGGGCCGAAGCAUCGAAUCCAUGGAUGAUCUCUUUGCUCACUCAUUAUGGACCAUGUUCAAGCGCGCCUAUCCUACCGAGGACGAGAAGGUUAGGCACGAUGUUCAGGAGCAAUUGCAGCACGAGGAAGACAAAGUUGUUUCGCAUGUAACAAUGGUUGAGGAUAAUGGUAGACGUGCUUAA